AUGUUCUUCUCAGGAACAGAGAGUACUUACUAUGGCACAGAUGGCCACGGAAGCUUCAACCAACCUCUCGACUACAAUUCUCAUUAUCUCUCAUCGUUUAUGCCUCUCAUGGCGAGCGCUAUGGGGGAAACAUCGACGCCAAUGGCACCACCCGACACAUCUGGACCUGCAGAAAUACUGACCCUUGCAGGCGUCAAUCGAGGUAUAGCCUCCUCACCACGGAGGGGCCUCGCUGCUACAUCGACAUCCGCAACUAUCAUCCACGAACUUGCGUGUUACCGCUACUCCCAAUACCUGCAACGUUGGGCACACAUUUCACUCGAUACCCAGCACGAAAUCAAGACCUUGGUUGAUGACUGUACGAAGGAAACUCCCAAUUCUGCACAGAUCUUCUACUGGAACCUCGACGCCAAAUUACCUGGAGCCGAAGAGCGCCUAAAGUCUGCUCUGCGCCACACAGAGGAAAAGGUCGCGACGACACUCGGCGAUACUUCACCUGGUCCUUGCUUCAUCCUGCUUCGAGGCGUAACCCGAGAUGCCUUCAAUAUUAUGCUCGAAGACGAGUGGGUCAGGCAACAUUUCAAAAUCGUCCCCAGGUCGCACGAGAAAUGGCCAGAGAAGGCAACAUACGGUUGCGUUACGCUGGUGUCGCACUCGUUGGUUGUGACACAAGCAAGCCUGAUUGAAUUCGGAAAUUCUAAGGAGGGUGCGAUGGCGCUGGCUGUUUCUGUAUCGCUCGGUAGCCACGAGUGCGGAGAACAGAGGAGGCCAACGACUCUAAUAAACACUCAGCUGGAGUCGGAGAAAGGAAACGACAUCGAGCGCCGAGAGCAAGCCAAAAUACUUCGGGAGAGGUGCAGCGGAGAAUCGGGUAUAGUCGUCGGCAGUUGGCAAGACUGUGGGGCAUAUCGCGAGGGUGAUUUGCAGGAUGCCUCUGACUCCGGGUCCACAAACCAUCCCCACGAGAAGAAUCAGGCUGCAUCGUCGAAGAUUCUAUACCUUCCAGGAAAAGGCUACACUGUCGACAGUCCCAUUGUCAUCGGAGGCGGGAAUGACGAGCCGGAGGAAGCCACUUUGUGCUGCUCGCAUCUACCAUUCGCUUCUGAUUGA